AAUAACAUUUUAGUUUAUCUGCAGAGUCAAUCAGAUCCUGCAGAACUAAUUUUGGAAAUAAUGAAAGAUCCAAUGCUUCCAUUUUGUAGCCAGGGAGACCAUAGCCACAUAUUUCUGCUUGAACAGCUAAUGAGAAUCUCCCCUGUCAUUAAACCUCAUGUUAGAGAAGAGGCAAUGAAGUUUGCACUUUAUUUGAAAGCUAACAUGAGAGCAAGUACUGAAAAUUCUUUAGUAGUUCUUGGUUUCUUGAUGAUUUUGUCAAUUUAUGGAUUAGUUUCCUCUUUUGAUGAGGAUGAGGUAUUAAAGUUUCUCCAAAUUGCUGCUCGGCACAAGGAAGCUGUAGAGCUGUUUCGGAUUCUCGGUUUUGUGAAUAAAAUCUAUGAUUUUGUUGAGAAUCUCAUCAAGAAUCAGCAAUAUAUUGAAGCUGUUAGAUUCAUUUGUGCAUUUGAGUUGGCUGAGAAGUAUCAACCAAUUCAUCAGUUGCAAGCACAUGUGAACAAGGCAAAGUUGAAUUGUGAGAACAAUUACAAGGAAAACAAGUCCAUUGAAACUAAGCAUGGUAGUAACAUGCUGAAAUUGAACUUCAGGUUGAGUCCAUAGAUGAAGGAAUUUCAAGCCUGAAAACUGUUCUGCAGUUCAUCAGAGAGAACAACAUAGAAUGUAAAGAACUGGUUGAUGAGGUUGAAGAUCACAUUGUUAAGCUAAAAAGGCAUAUGGCAAAUAUUGUCAAGGCCAACAUCCAGAGUGUUACAAGAAAAGGUGUUAGUUGAAAUUUAAACUAGUUAGGGGGUGUGAAUAAUAAAAAUAUACAUAAAUACUAAAAUUGUAAAGGUUGAUGUUUCAAUGCUCUUAAUUUUUAGAUUUUUAGACGUGUCUAGAAUGAAAAAUUGACAAAACAAAAAGUAACGAUGUAAAAUAUU